GCGAGCAGGCAGAUAUAUAGAAGAUGCGAGCGCAAACAUCGUUUGUUUCUUGGUUCUACGUGAAAGAGGAGUUUGUGAAGGAAACGAGUUUAACGAAAAAUACGAAAAUGUUCAAAGUUUUGAUGCUGGUUGCCGCUACGGUGGCGCUGAGCUACGGCGCUCCCAACAACGUGUUCGAGAUCGACAUCUCUCCUGAAGAGGCUCAGCGGUACCUGAGCAGCCCGCCCUUCACGGACCCCCAGCUUACCGCCCGCACUAACGUUCUUCCUUUAGUCCGUUGGAAUGACCCUCGGUUUCGCGCCGCCGAAGCCGGGCCCACGCUCGGACACUACUGGAAGAACGGCAAGGAGAUCGAAAACACCGACGACUAUGUUGAGGAGGUAUACGACGCGUCCCAAUUCCACGGGCAGGACGGCCUAGGAGCCUACGCUUACGGCUACAAGGGCCCCGACUCCGCCAAGGUCGAGAACCGAGUUCAGUCUGGUGACGUCACUGGAUCGUAUACGUACAGGGAUGGAGACAACAAUCUCAUUAAGGUCCGCUACUGGGCCGACAGCGAGGGCUUCCACCAAGAGGACAACCUGCCCAAGGUGGUGCUAGAGCCGGCUCAAGAGACGGAGGAGGUACGACAGGCCAGGCUCGCUCAUGAACAGGCUUGGAAGGAGGCCGCCGCCGCCGCCGCGCAGCAACCUGACCCGCAGGGUGAAUACUCACCGAACUACGACCAAGGCGCCCAGUACCAAGGCUCUCAAUACCAAGGCGCCCAAUACCAAGCCCAGCAGAACCAGGGACCCCAGCAGUACCAGGGAGCACCCCAGCCUCAGUACCAGGCUCAAGCCCAGGCUCAGUACCAAGGAGCACCCCAGUACCAAGGGCAGCAGUACCAAGCCGCGGCCUCAGAGCCCCACGAGUCUGUAGUCCCAGCUGACGCGCAGACGGCUCAAAGCCAACAAGCGCCUGUGACCGACGCCAGGCAAGGCAAGGCUUACUACGCCAACGCCCAAGCCAGCUUCCAACAGCAGCCGGCUUACCAAGGUCAACAGCUGAGGGCUCAAGGUCAAGGGUUCCAGGCACAGGGCUUCGGUCAAGUGCAGGGUCAGCAAGGUCAAGGAGUGAGGGCUCAGAGCCAGGCGUACCAAGGUCAAGGUCAGGCGCAAGGACAGGCUUCGUACCAGAAGCAGCAGGCUCAGCUUCAGGAUGAAGAGCCUACUGGUCCCCCCCGUGGAUUCUUCUACAGCUUCGACUACCCAGUCUCAGUGAUCGUGGCCAAGAAUGCCGCCGGUCAGUCUGGCCCCGUGAACCCCGGACAACCCAUUGACCACGACACCGUCGGGGUUAACGCGAGGGGUUAAAUGCGAAGAUAGGGUUAGAAUGUAAAUUUACGACAGGUACCGCUUGUUUAGUUUAAUUUCUUGUGAUUUUUACGCCCGAGUUACUGUGACUAACAAUAAAGUAUUAAAAGUUUACUAUCUGACUGGAUUGACGACAGGAAGAACUAGCAAAGGUGCAAUGAAUAUAAAAUGAUAAUCAUAGCCAUAAGAUGUUUGUUCCGUUAGAGAAAUCACAUUGGUACUCAAGUAUAAAAAUUGUUUCUAAUAGGUCACAGUGCUCUGGGUACUUUUCGUUGCCAUUUUAGUUGACAAGUAUCUAGGUUAAGUUAAUUUUAUAAAUACAAUGAAAUUAAAAGUGAAAAUCUAAAUACCUUGCCUUAUGUUUGGUUAAGCAUAACAAUAUGAUGUUGAAGAGUACAAAUAUGGAUAGCUCGACUGCUGUUCGAUAAUAUAACUUUCUUGGUAUAUUUUUUUUGGGUAUUUUAAAAAGUUUUUUGUUUAUUAAUUCUGUCAGUAAUUAUCGAAGUUAAAUUCUUGAACGCAGUCAUUUUGGUACUUACUUACGUGUAGAACGACAUAAUUGUAAUCUUCACUUUGUAUUACAAAAUAAACAAUCAAAAUUAAA